AUGUCCACCGCUGCUUCUCCUGCUGUCGCCCGCAGCCACUCCACCUCUUCCCGGCCACCUUCCUAUGGCACUGCAUCGUCCGACGUCCCUCACCGGACUAGAAGCGUCGCUGUGAGGCCCGCGACGGCAUCGCAGCCGUCUCCGAUACAAAAUAGCUCCUCUCAUCCUCGCCAUUCGUAUUCAAAGUCUCAAUCUUAUGACCGCCGACCGCCCACCAACAACGCCGUAUUUGAUAACAUAGCUCGUCGGGAUUUCGAAUCCGCCAAAGGCGCCCAGCAACACUCCUCCCGUCGGGAAUCCUCGAGGGAACGCUCCCAGGAACGCCCAUCAACUUCUUAUCGUUCCGAAUCUUCCUCACAUAAACCACAAAGAAACCUCUCGGUUAGAAGCCAUCAUCGCGAUAGUGCAGACAUGGCCAGCGCAGGGCCUGUGGCAGCAGAUGGGGGUGCCGGUCAUUCCCAAUCGACCUCGGGACACCAUUUACACCCCGGAAAUUCCGCUCAGUCGAAACGGCGUACAAUGAUCACUACCCCAACUGGCCAAUGGUCAUUGGGUAAAACGUUGGGUGCGGGCAGUAUGGGUAAGGUCAAAGUAGGGAAGCAUCUGGAGACGGGGGAACAGGUCGCUAUCAAAAUCGUGCCCAGACAGUCGACUGAAGAGCAUCGCAGUGCUCGCGAGGCCGAAAGGGCGGAUCGCUCAAAGGAGAUUCGGACUGCGCGCGAAGCCGCCAUUGUCAGCCUGGUGAAUCAUCCCUAUAUAUGCGGCAUGCGUGAUGUUGUACGGACCCAUUACCACUGGUACAUGCUUUUCGAGCUCGUCAAUGGUGGACAAAUGCUGGACUACAUCAUCUCUCACGGUAAGCUAAAAGAAAAGCAAGCGAGGAAAUUCGCACGCCAAAUUGCCAGCGCGUUAGACUACUGUCACCGCAAUAGCAUCGUGCAUCGAGAUUUGAAGAUCGAAAAUAUUCUAAUCAGCAAAACCGGCGACAUCAAGAUCAUCGACUUUGGUCUUAGCAACCUUUUCUCUCCUCGGAGUCUCUUGAAGACAUUCUGUGGUAGUCUUUACUUUGCGGCUCCUGAGCUACUCCAGGCUAGGCAGUACACUGGGCCAGAGGUGGAUGUCUGGAGUUUCGGGAUUGUUCUCUACGUUUUGGUUUGCGGCAAGGUCCCAUUUGAUGACCAGAGCAUGCCGAAACUUCACGCAAAGAUUAAGCAGGGAUCAUUCGAUUACCCUCCCGGGCUUACAACUGAAUGCCGCCAUAUCAUCUCACGCAUGUUGGUAACCGAUCCGAAGCAACGCGCGACCCUGGCCGAGAUUAUGAACCAUCCGUGGAUGAACAAAGGCUUCAGUGGGGCGCCGGACAACCACCUCCCGACCCGCGAGCCGUUACAGCUUCCCUUAGAUCCAGAGGUGAUUGAGAAGAUGACCGGGUUCGAUUUUGGACCACCCGACUACAUUGCAGCGCAACUUACCAAGAUUAUUGAUUCCGAAGACUAUCAACAUGCUGUUGCACUCAACGCUCGUGAGCAGCCACCUCCUGCGCAAACCGAUAAAAAGCGCGGAGUUUUUGAUUUUUACAAGCGACGAAACUCCGCCAGCAAGGAUACUCUCUCGGCCCCCUCAGCAGAAGCUGUUCAGCUAGGAAAUGAUCCCUUGAACGCUUACAGCCCUCUAUUAUCUGUGUAUUACCUCGUCAAAGAGAAGCUGGAUAGGGAGAAAGCGGAGGCCAAUCCCGGGGCCCUCGGCAUUUCACAAGCUUCCGGUGAUGUGUUGCUCCAAGUUCCAGAUCUUCCCGCCCCUGAGGCCGCGCAUACCAACCAGUAUCAUGUGCCAGGUGAGAAGGACACUGGACGGCGGUCUCGUCCGCGUGCGCGAACACAUGGGGAUGACGAGAUUACAGAAGGCAUGAAAAAUGUCAAUCUUGCACCGCAGCACGGACAAGCGUCCCACAGCCCCGCUGCAUCGCAACCCGAGACUCCCGCUAAGAAGGAGAGUACUGCUGCCGGUCUUUUGAGACGCUUUAGCACCCGGAGAACAAAGGACCGAAGCGGGGACCGCGAACGGUCAAGACUCACAAGCCCUCAUGCGCCCGCUCUGAAUGUGCAGCCACCCGCCGAUUCCGCUUCUCCUCUCUCGAGAGGAUUUAGCAUGCGUCGCAGCCGCCGUGCGGAACCUUCUCCGACCACGAUUCCGUCCGCGGGCAGCCAGCCCCAGCAUCAGGACCUCCUCAAAACUCCCGGAUCUGCAGAGCCGGCCUCGCGAUCCAACAAGUUCCUUGAAAGAUCAACAAGCGUCAGCUCAGCCGAACCCCGAUCGCGACGGACUCGCCGAGCGGAUCCUGAUGCCUCGAGCCAGCCACCGCAAACAAGUGGCUCGGAGCACUCAACGCCUGUACCAAAGGAGGCUUCAACACCCGGACGUGAGCAGAAGGUGCUGACUCGUACGCACGCCAGUCGGACCAUGUCUCUUGGGCAUGCUCGUCGUGAAAGUAUACAAGCCCGUCGGGCACGGCGGGAUGCCGCGAGGGAAGCCAACGUCCCUGAAGAGACUGAUGGCGAGGCCUCUGGCCCAGGGGCUGCUCUGGAAAGCGCAAACGAAGAAGACUUGUCCAAACCAGUCUACCUCAAAGGCCUGUUUAGCGUUUCUACUACUAGUAGCAAACCACUCACCUUUAUCCGAGCCGAUAUUAUCCGGGUUUUGAAGCAGCUGGCUGUUGAGUAUGAGGAAAUCAAGGGGGGCUUUAGCUGUCGCCAUGCUCCUAGCAUAGACCUAGAAAAGGUCGUCGAUAAUGGACCUCCAAGCCCUGAACGGCAGGGCCAGGUUUCUGGUCACCGUCGCCGCAUAAGCUUCGGAGGCCUAUUAAACCACGACGAUGGCCGUGAAGAGGUCCGAAACACACAGCGCCGUCGACAACGAGCUCCUGAUCGCAGCUUUGUCACCAAUUCAGAAGCAUCGGACGAAUAUUUGGAAGCCCGUGAUACCAACGUAGCCGUUGGCGAGCGUGUCGUGGGAGAGACGACGACACGAGUUCAGAGUGACACUGGCGAAAACCUGGUGCUCCGGUUCGAAAUUCUCAUCGUCAAAGUGCCGCUUUUCUCCCUUCAUGGUAUACAGUUCAAGAAAGUGUCUGGAGGUAUGUGGCAGUACCGUGAAAUGGCGAAGAAGAUCCUGGAUGCUCUACGACUUUAG